UCUAAGGCGAUUAUAGUGACGUCUUUAGCAGCUGCAUCUCGUUGUCAAACAGAAAAACAGACGUAUCACUAAUACAACUCGUGCCUCUCUGUUUUAUGUGAUAAGCCUCCAAAAUUUCUCUAGCUAACGUGUCACCACUCUUGACAAUUAUCUUAAUGUCACGCAGUAGUGGCUCACAUGUGCCGGUCAAGCAAACCAUGCAAUGCGCAGGGUUUGGACGGCAUGUCUAAGAAGGACAUCGUGGUGUCCCUGGGCUGCUUCGCAUUGUACACUUUCUCCCAGCAGAUGGCCGACCCCUGCGUGGACGCCAACCUCCUGACGGAGUUGCUCUUGUGCCAGUACGACUACAUGGAAGACAAACAUCUGCUGCUGCGAGAGUUCAACAAUGUCAAAUCCCGCGAGGAGAUCAUCAAGAUGAUGGAAGAUCUUAAGAACUGCAUGGGAACAACGCCGGAUCCGGUGCUGCAGGAGCCGAAUGGGGCGACCGCCAACGAAAUAGAGGUGAUGGAAGUAUUCAUCAAGCCAGUGAAGAAGAUGCGAGCCUACAUAGAGAGCCAGCUCUAAUCUCACUGGCCUGCACUUGCAGGCACCACGAAACAUUUGACGGUAGUCACCGAAAAAAAAACAAAGAUUGGUCAAAUAAACCCAAAAGCUUUUCA